AUGGCGGCGGCGGCAGCAGCAGCAGCGGCAGUGAAAAAAUCCUGGCUUGAAAGAGCGGAAUUGUCUGCUGGGAAGCUGCUUUUCUAUUUCAUCUUUUGGGGAGGCCACCUGGCCGUAUUUGCUGGUGGAUGGUACUGGCAGGUUGUCAACGUUCAACUGGCCGCCUUGAAUGUGCUCGAAUCAGAUUGGCUACCGCUCGAUGAGUCGGCCUGGUUUCAUCGACAGGUAGCAUACGCCAUUCUAGUAUUUGUGCUAUUGCACACAGGCGCUCACUACGUGAACUUUUACAAUAUUGAAAAGCAGCAUAUCCGUCCCGUUUUGGGCGUACAAAUUCACUACACUGAGGCAGCUGGUAUCACCGGCCAUGUCAUGCUUUUAUGCAUGAUGCUGAUGGAAUCCAUUCUGGGGCAUUGUUUUGGCUAUGAAGGAUGGCGAUGGGAGCUUGUGGCAGCCACACUGUAUCUUUUCGAGCGCCUUUACCGCGAGGUACGAUCGAGGCGAGAGACCGAGAUCACCAAGGUGAUACGUCAUCCCUAUGAUGCUAUGGAGAUUCAAUUCCGCAAGCCAAGUAUGAAGUAUAAGCCUGGCCAGUGGCUUUUUCUUCAAGUGCCGGAUGUCUCCAAUCAUCAAUGGCACCCGUUCACAAUCACCUCCUGUCCCUUCGAUCCGUACAUCAGCGUACACGUGCGUCAGGUCGGUGACUUCACUCGCGCUCUUGGAGACGCACUCGGAUGUGGUCCUGCACAGGCGAAGGAUCUCGAAGGCCUCGAUCCCCUGGGCAUGUACGAGGUGGCACUGCAGAACGGACAGAUGAUGCCCAAAAUCCGGAUCGAUGGACCCUAUGGUGCACCGGCAGAAGAUGUAUUCGAAAACGAAAUCGCCGUCCUGAUAGGUACGGGUAUCGGUGUCACCCCCUGGGCUUCAAUCCUGAAGAAUAUAUGGCAUCUCCGCUCCAGCCCCAACCCCCCUCGCCGCCUGCGGCGUGUCGAAUUCAUCUGGAUCUGCAAGGACACCUCGUCCUUUGAAUGGUUUCAGGCUCUCUUAUCGUCUUUGGAAUCCCAAUCCGCCAACGCAGCCGCCUAUGAAGGCAGCGUGGAGUUCUUGCGCAUCCAUACUUAUCUCACCCAGCGCCUCGACGAGGACACGGCGGCCAACAUUUACCUCAAUUCGGUGGGUCAAGCCCUCGAUCCUCUCACCGAAUUGAAGUCACAAACCAACUUUGGCCGACCGGACUUCAAGCGGCUCUUCACAGCCAUGCGUGUUGGUCUACUCAAUCAGACCUAUAUUCAAGGCCUGCAGACAGCGUCAGCGACAGAGGUUGGUGUGUACUUCUGUGGACCGAAUGCGGCAGCUCGCCAGAUCAACGAGGCGGCCAAGAACGCAUCGAGCAAGGAAGUACGGUUCAAGUUCUGGAAAGAGCACUUUUGA